AUGGACUCCAAACCGCUUAUCGGGUCUUCUCUUAUAAUCCAAAACUCGAAAUACAGAUUCGAGUUUGAUCAUGUAACCGAGGCCAUGCAUCUUGGAGAGCUUGCUCUCUCCGGUGCGUCUAUGGCCACAUCUUUCGCCAGUGUCACGGGUUUCUCCUUCAUGAUGGGCAUGGGGAGUGCAUUGGAAACAUUGUGUGGGCAAACUUAUGGUGCAAAACAGUAUCAUAUGCUUGGUGUACACUUGCAAAGAGCCAUGGCAAUACUGAUGCUAAUGGGUAUCCCAAUUUCUCUGAUUUGGGCAUCCACGGGACAAAUCUUUACGUAUUUUGGACAAGAUUUGGAAAUCUCAGAACAAGCUGGGAAUUACGCACAUUGGUUGAUCCCCAGCAUCUUCCCAUACUGUCUACUUCAAUGUCAGAUAAGAUUCUUGCAGACUCAAAACAACACGAAGCCUUUAAUGAUAAGCACAGGAUUUGCAAGCCUACUUCAUGUGUUAUGUUGUUGGAUCUUGGUUUCCAAAUGUGGGUUUGGUAGCUCGGGUGCCGCUCUCUCGGUUGCCAUCUCGUACUGGAUUAAUGUGCUGAUUUUGGGUCUUUAUAUCAAGUUUUCACAUACCUGUGAAAGAACAUGGCUCGGGUUUCCUAUAGAUGGUGUUCGUGAUCUUGCCGGAUUUCUUGCUUUAGGAAUACCUUCAGCUCUCAUGGUCUGCUUGGAGUAUUGGUCGUAUGAGUUUUUGGUUUUACUCUCUGGAAUCCUUCCAAAUCCAAAGCUAGAAACAUCGAUGAUGUGUAUCAGUCUUAGUACAAUCUCAUUGGCCUACAGAAUCCCCUUCGGUUUAGGCAGUGCAGUCAGCACCAGGGUCUCAAAUGAACUUGGAGCAGGAAAACACGAAGCGGCGGAAUUAGCGGUAUGGGUUGCUUUAUCACUAGUUGUCACAGAAGUACUCUUGAUUGGAUUGCUUUUAGUGGUGGCUGGUGGCGUUUGGUCUAAGUUGUACACCGGUGAAGCUGAAGUUGUGAGCUAUAUGUCGGUAGUUAUGCCUGUACUCGCUUUAUCAAACGUCAUGGAUGGAAUCCAAGGUGUACUAUCAGGUGUUGCGAGAGGAUGUGGUUGGCAGAAGAUCUGCACGUUGGUGAAUUUAGGAGCUUAUUACCUCGUCGGCCUUCCUUUCGCCAUGGCUCUGACAUUUGUGUACGGUUUGGGAGGGAAGGGUCUGUGGAUGGGGAUUAUUUGUGGGAGUGGGGUUCAAGCAGUGCUGCUUUUAAUAAUCACGGCUUGUACGAACUGGGAAAAAGAAGCGAAAAAAGCGAUGAAUGGGGUGUAUGAUAGCAACAUUCCAACGCGUUUGGUCUCAUGAGGUUGUAUUUGCAACAUACUUGGUCUUUAAUUGGUAGUUAUUUUAGGAUCUUGAUUAUAUUAUAGAAAAACCAAUCGGUAAAUGAGGAUUUCUAUUGGUUUAACGAUUAUGACAU